GUAGUACCCAUGCGCAUUUCGCUUUGCCAAAAGUCCGGAAUGCGUUUAACUCUAUCUCUACUAGUUGUCUUUAUUGCAGCCUGUGCAGCCACGGCGCAAGAGGCAGGAGGCAACUACUAUGCGCCCUAUUAUGGGCCUAACGUGGUAGCGCCCAGGUUUUUUCUACUAACCACCACGACAGUUACGACUGUUUCGACGUCUAAGUCUGUGGAGCCAUGUACCUCUGGUGGAUUCGGGGGACUUGUCGACGCUGCCGCCCUGGCUGCUCUACCUGCUUGCACUGGUCGCCGACGACGUGGUAUCCUCGAAGUUCCAGAAGAGGCCGAUGACGCGCAAUUUUCCAUUCUUCCAUCUGCUGUUCAAGGAGUUGAGGCUACACAAGUACCUAAUAGAGAGGCACGCGCUGCUGAUCCACAAUACGUGAUGAUGUCUCCAUUUGGCUACUCGUUUUAUCCUCAAGAAAUCCAGCCUGGUUUCUCUGGUAGUACAUACGGCCCUUUUUCUUCACCCUUUUAUGGCUCAUAUGCACAGCCUGUUGCCGGAACUCGCAUUUUCUUCGGCAAUCUCGUGAACGCCAUUGUCCCGCCAUUUUUGAAGCAGACGUUGACGACGACAGUUACGUCAACUGCAUUUACCGUCAGCACCUCCACUUCGGUUGCAACCUGCAGACCACCACCAGCAGUUGCCCGAUGUGCCGGCACAUAAUACGAUUCAGCUAUCGAGAAAGAAU